CGCCACAAUACUUGCCAGUCAUUGUGCAGGAGGUGACGCUGCAACUUGCUCCUUAGCUCCGUUAGCUUCUGCUCUAAACUCUAAACUCUAAACCCAAUCUCCAGGUUUCUCCGCCAGCGACAUGAAGGAGACAGCGGCCAAGCGGCGGGGGGACCGGGCCGGGGGCCGGGACAAGGCCGAGAAGCCGAAGGAGCCGGCGGGCCCCGAGCCGCAGGACGUGGAGAUGCCUGAGGAGGAGGCGGCUAGCACGGCUAAACCCCGAGAGAUGGACAGCCUCACCCUGGACGACAUUAAGGAGCAUGUGAAGCAGAUAGAGAAGGCGGUGUCGGGGAAGGAGCCUCGAUUCGUGCUGCGAGCUCUGCGGGCGCUGCCGUCAACCAGCCGCCGUCUGAACACCAACGUGCUGCACAAAGCCGUGUUCGGCUUCUUCACCAACAACACCACCACCAGAGACUUCCUGCUGGGCUUCCUGGAGGAGCCAAUGGAGAUGGCAGACGGAGACGUCCAGUUUCGUCCGAGGACCGGAAAGUCAGCGUCGGCUCCUCUGCUGCCGGAGGUGGAAGCUUACCUGCAGCUGCUGCUGGUGGUUCACCUGACCAACAACAAGAGAUACACAGAGGCUCAGAAAGUGUCUGAUGACCUGCUGCAGAAGAUUGGCUCAAAGAACCGCAGAGCUCUGGAUCUGGUCGCUGCCAAGUGUUAUUAUUACCAUGCCAGAGUGUACGAGUUCCUCAACCAGUUCGACACCAUGCGCAGCUUCCUCCACACUCGUCUGCGUACGGCGACGUUGCGCCACGACGCCGACGGUCAGGCCGUCCUCCUCAACUUGCUGCUCAGGAACUACCUGCACUUCAACCUGUACGACCAGGCCGAGAAGCUUGUGUCCAAGUCUGUGUUUCCUGAGCUCGCCAACAACAACGAGUGGGCCCGCUACCUGUACUACACAGGUCGUAUUAAGGCGAUCCAGUUGGAGUACUCUGAAGCUCGCAGGACUCUGACCAACGCUCUGAGGAAAGCUCCACAACACACAGCUGUGGGCUUCAAACAGACGGUGCACAAGCUGCUGAUCGUGGUGGAGCUGCUGCUGGGGGAGAUUCCUGACAGACUCCAGUUCAGACAACCGUCCCUGAAGAGGUCCCUGCUGCCGUACUUCCUGCUGACUCAGGCGGUGAGGACAGGUAACCUGGCCAAGUUUAACCAGGUGUUGGAGCAGUUUGGGGAGAAGUUUCAGACAGACGGGACGUACACGCUCAUCAUCCGCCUGAGACACAACGUCAUCAAGACUGGUGUGCGUAUGAUCAGCCUGUCCUACUCUCGUAUCUCGCUGGCUGACAUCGCUCUGAAGCUGCAGCUGGACAGUCCAGAGGACGCAGAGUUCAUUGUUGCCAAGGCGAUCCGUGACGGUGUGAUCGAGGCGAGCAUCAACCACGAGAAAGGCUUCGUCCAAUCAAAAGAGACCAUGGACAUUUACGGCACCAGAGAGCCUCAGCUGGCCUUCCACCAGAGAAUCUCCUUCUGCCUGGACAUCCACAACAUGUCCGUCAAGGCCAUGAGGUUUCCUCCUAAAGCUUAUAACAAGGACCUGGAGUCAGCAGAGGAGCGUCGGGAGAGGGAGCAGCAGGAUCUGGAGUUUGCUAAAGAAAUGGCCGAAGACGACGACGACAGCUUCCCCUGAUCCUCUAGGAAUGACUGGGACUUCCUGUGCGGACAGGAAGUAAUUGUGUGUGUGUGUGUGUGUGUGUGUGUGCACGCUGAUAUCAUAAGUUAUCAGUUAUUACCCACAAGCCCCCUCUCCUCUCUUCUCGAUCUGUAACCUCUGAACUGUUUAUUAUUUCUCAUUCAGACAAAUAAAAUCACUCUUUGUUUA